AUGGCCUUCAAGCUCGCACCUGCCACGAAACCUCUCCUGCGCGCCUCGCUGACUUCGCGACCAGCUAACGGCCAUCUUGCAUUCAUUCCCCAAAUCCGCAAACUGGUCUUCGAGUACUGCGACAAAUGGCCAUCAUCUGCAAACACCCGGACAUAUCUCCAUGACCAUUUGGAGGAUCUCGCCCGCGAAAAUCCCCACGUCGAGUUCGUGGUGAGACAGCGGAACCAGAAGGAGCCCAUUAUCCGCGGUUUCUACCUGAACGACAGGGAAAAGGUCAUCGCGCUGAACGGCUUCGAGGUAACGGGCAUCCAGAAGAAGGUCCAACUGCUGCUCGAUUCUUCUGGCGCGAAAAUCAAGCCUCUGAAGAGACGGACGGUGGAGAGCACGACAGAGGCGGCGAGAGGCAUCUGGAGCGGUCUGCACGACACACCAUUCAAAAUCUAG